ACCGACACGGUUUAGCACCACAGAGUGCUGUUGUCAUAGAAAUCUCAACAAAACAGGCCAGGAGCUCGUCAAUUAGCCCACCUUAAAACAAAGCAGGAGAGCUCGGCAUGAUUUAUGGAAGUGACUGGUAACAGCGAUAGAAAGGUCAGUGGUGUGUAGAUUUCAUGGCUCGGAGCAGCAUAUGUUUCGCAGAAUGUCCCAAGAAAACAGGACUACCAAGAGAAGUAGUCAAAUGGCUGCAAACUCUGGACUUGGCAUUUUAUCCCAAAAAUGUGCGCAGAGAUUUUUCCAGCGGCUACCUUGUGGCACAGAUAUUUUCUCAUUAUUACCCCCGAGACUUUUCAUUGCACUCAUACGACAGAGGAACAUCGCUUUCUGCCAAACAGUGGAACUGGAGCCAGAUAGAGCGGUCUUUAGAGAAGCGGAAUAUGUACUUGAAGAAGGAGGCCAUUGAGGGAACAAUCCAUUGUAAACCAGGAGCAGCUGAGCUGUUGGUGCUGGAAGUUUACACUAUUUUAACUAACGGGAGAGUCAGUGAUGUAGAGGGCCCAGAGCCAGACUUCACCGAUGAAGAAUACCAGAACCUACUUCCCAGCCUGGCUCGCUCCACAGCUUCAAAAGCCAUCAAGAACAACCUGACAGGAACAGAAAUCAAGGCUGUGCCUGAUAUAAGCACAAACCAGAGGAAGGCAGAAAACAUCCUCCGCAGGCACCUCGAGCACAAAGCUGCAGAGAGAAUUCUGAACCCUGGACGUUUUAAAGUGAAGCCUAAGCGAAGCCAGCCAGCUCCCCACAAUCUUGUGCCACCAAGCCAGAUGGAUAAGUGCUCUGACACCUGUUCACCUGAAGGCAAUACCUUAAAGCUGUGGUCUUCACCAACAUGGAGCAGAGCUUCUGUUUCCUUUAAGGAGAUAAAGGUCCGUCAGCCAGCCAAACAUUCAUUGGUUAAUUAUUAAAGAUACCGAUUGAAUAACUGCGCUGUCACUGUUUUAUGUGUGAAAUGAUGAACUCAUUUAUUUUCAGUUAUUCAAAACAAAGUCCUUCUCAAACUAUUAUACCUCACCAGUAUUUACCUGACUGUAAUUUGAUGUGAUUUGAUUUGGAUGAUGCAUGACGUAAUUUCUUGUUAUCGCUUAUAUAAUGGUAAAAGGUCUCUACCAUGAUAUAUGCUGUGUCUGUUUCUGCCAGUAGGCGGCAGCAUUACAUCAUACCAUUAUUUCUCAAUGGCCCGUGCAGAGGAGCUGAAGGUGUACCAUUUGCAUUUUAUAAAUUUAUACAGUGGUUAUACUGAGCUGCCUUACUGUUCACCAUUGUGUUUCACCAGCAUGAGAAGUGUUAUUUUAAAAAUAACAGUUGAUAAUGAAUAUUAGAUAUUACUGAAUAUUCACAUAUUACUAAAUUUUCAUCUAUGCUCCUCAGUCAUCACAGAGCCUCGCUGUCUCUCAAUCAGUCUCUCAUUUUGGGAGAAACCUGAAAAAUGCUGAUAAAAUCUACUCUAUGAAGAUAUUAGCAGAUUCCUUAAUUGGUUUGCUAAACACCCAGUCAUUGUGGCAGGCAGACAUGAAAGCUUUUCCCUUUCAUUUAAAAAAAAAAAAAAAUGCUCUUGGUUACAAAGCAUGUUUCAGCAUUUUUAUGGACCGGAGAUUUAUAUUUUAGAAAUACAAUGAGCUGAAUCACUGUUUUUUUUUUUUCUUUUUUUAAACUGCUGUUAACUAAAGACCAAAGAUUCUUUGGUCUUUUUUUCUCAAUGUCAAAAAAACUGUGCCCAUAGCAACACAAGUUGAAUGUGCUGACACAUCUUCAUUUAGAGCUGCAACAAAACAAGCUGAACAGUCAUGAUUGUGCCUAGAAAAUAAACACCAUAUGUUCAGUGUAAUGACUGUAUGUACCAGUAUUCCUUGCUAAAGAGUUAUGCAAAAACUUGUCUAAAAGAACACACUACUACUAUGCUAAUGACUUAAUAUUUCUACUAUGACAUGCACAUUCCUAUAUUUUCAGUCAUAAAUUAUCAUUUUGCUCAGGGAUCUGCCAACAACGUCAUGCCAAAUUCAUUAACUUAAUGUCAUGGAUAAUGAUUUUAAUAGUUGAGCUUAAAUUGGAGAUAGAAUAAUAUAAUGUGAAAUGUUUUCUCCACCCACCCAAUAUUAAAUUUCCUAUCAUAUUAAUAACUGGUGUUUCAUUCUAUACUUUUUCCCUUUUAAAUUAGCUCCUUUAUUUUGUGCACGUUAUUGAGCUGUUUUGGUUUGUCAUAUUACAUUUUGUUGAGCUAUUCUGUUUUAUUUAAGCUGUUUUGUUAUCAGCUUCCUUGAGUGUUUUUAUCUGCUAUAACUCAAGGAUUUCCAACCCUUGGGAUGAAUAAAGCUAAACUUAUGCUCA